AUGACGGAUGCGAAGGAGGAUGUCACGCAAAUGCUGCUGAAAAGUGUGGAAGAAGGAAGGGUUGAUAUAUUGUGCUCGAUUUUGAAGGAUAGUUGUGAGUUUUUUGUUAAAAAUUUGUGGGGAACAUGGAAAAAUUUGAUUUUCAGCUCCAUCUUUGAAUUUGGCUGAGAAAGCGAACGCGAUUUGCUGUGAAGAUGGAACAGUGUUACAUCGUGCAGUUCAAUUAGAUUCCGCAGACGCUGUCUCAGCUCUUCUAACAAACGGAGUCAACCCAUGUGUGCAAAACAAUCAAAAUAAAACACCAUUUAUGCUAUGCAAAUCGGAUUCGGUGAAAGGAGCGUUUAUUCGAGAAGCAUUGCAAGCCAUCACAUUUUCAGAGUAA